GCCGGGAAAGAUGGCGGCGGCUGCGGUUUGAAUUCCAGCGGCGCCGCUUGACUGAGAACAAGAGCUGGGUUGGAGGGGGCGGGACCUGGGGAACCGAGCGCGCCGCGACUGCCGGGGAACCAGUGGCGCUGCCGCCGCCGACACCGGCGCCACCACUCUGCGUUCACGAUGGACUCGGGGAUGGAAGAGGAAGGCGCCCUGCCUGGGACCCUCAGCGGUUGCAGUGGCCUUCACCCUGUUCUGCCAAGUGACCUGGAUGUCAUCAGUGACACUUCUGGCUUGGGAAAUGGAGUGCUCCCAAGCAUGUCAGAAGAAAAGGUUUCUCCCACCAGAGCCCGGAACAUGAAGGACUUUGAAAACCAAAUCACUGAGCUGAAGAAGGAGAACUUCAAUCUAAAGCUCCGGAUCUACUUCCUGGAGGAGAGAAUCCAGCAGGAGUUUGCUGGCCCCACCGAGCACAUCUACAAGACGAACAUUGAACUCAAGGUGGAAGUGGAAAGUCUGAAGCGCGAGCUCCAGGAGAAAGAUCAGUUGCUCGUCAAAGCCUCCAAAGCGGUGGAGAGCCUAGCAGAACGGGGUGGUUCUGAAGUCCAGCGGGUGAAAGAAGAUGCAAGGAAGAAGGUGCAGCAGGUGGAAGACCUCCUAACGAAAAGGAUACAUCUUCUAGAAGAAGAUGUGAAAGCCGCCCAGGCAGAACUGGAGAAGGCCUUUGCGGGGACAGAAACAGAGAAGGCUCUUCGGCUCAGCUUAGAAAGCAAGCUCUCGGCGAUGAAGAAGAUGCAGGAGGGGGACCUGGAGAUGACUCUGGCUCUGGAAGAGAAGGACAGACUGAUUGAGGAGUUGAAGCUGUCUUUGAAGAGCAAAGAAGCUUUAAUUCAGUGCCUUAAAGAGGAAAAAUCUCAGAUGGCAUCUCCUGACGAGAACGUGUCAUCUGGAGAACUCCGAGGACUUUCUGCCACUCUGAGGGAAGAAAAAGAGAGAGACGCUGAGGAAUGGCAGAAGGAGAGAAACCACUUUGAAGAGAGGAUCCAGGCACUUCAGGAGGACCUGAGAGAGAAGGAAAGAGAAAUUGCUACAGAGAAGAAAAAUAACUUAAAGAGUUAUAAAGCCAUUCAGGGUCUAACCAUGGCAUUAAAAUCAAAGGAAAGAGAGGUUGAAGAACUUGAUUCCAAAAUCAAAGAGGUCACUACGGACUCCACCAAAGGCAGAGAGGAUCCCUUAAAAACCCAGAUCCCCAGAUUCCAGCUAAGAGAGGGGUCUGAGGACUGUGAAGCUGCGCUGGUAGAGAAGGAAGCCCUAUUGGCCAAGCUACACUCAGAAAAUGUCACAAAGAGCACUGAGAACCAUAGGUUGCUCAGGAAUGUUAAAAAGGUCACCCAGGAGUUGAAUGACUUGAAGAAGGAGAAGUUGAGACUAGAGCAGGCCCUGGAGGAAGCCCACCAAGAGGGGAACAGAGGAGCCCGAACCAUUCACGACCUUAGAAAUGAAGUUGAGAAACUACGCAAGGAAGUGAGUGAGAGAGAGAAGGCUGUGGAAAAACAUUACAAGAGUCUUCCAGGUGAAAGCAAGACAAAGUUUCAUACUCAAGAACAAGUGGUCAGAAGUCUGACAGGCAGUGGCAGUCAGGAGGACCUGCUGCUUCAGAAAUCCAAUGAAAAAGAUUUGGAAGCAAUACAGCAGAACUGCUAUUUAAUGACUGCAGAGGAGCUCAAGUUUGGGAGCGAUGGCUUAAUAACAGAAAAGUGUUCUCAGCAGUCACCAGACAGCAAACUCAUCUUCUCCAAGGAAAAGCAACAAUCAGAGUAUGAAGGGCUGACUGGGGACUUAAAAGCAGAACAGAACAUCUAUGCCCAUCUGGCAAAGACUCAGGACACAGACAGUGUCAGCAACCUGCAGGCUGAGCUGAAAGAGGUCCUUGCCCUUCGGAAGCAGCUGGAGCAGGAUGUUCUUGCCUACCGGAACCUGCAGAAGGCCCUGCAGGAGCAGCUCAGUGAGAUUCGGAGUCGAGAAGAAGAGCCGUUUUCAUUUUAUAGCGAUCAAACAUCGUAUCUGAGUAUUUGCCUUGAAGAGCACAAUCAGUUCCAAUUGGAGCAUUUUUCUCAAGAAGAACUCAAGAAAAAGGUCAGUGACCUCAUACAGCUUGUGAAGGACCUGCACACAGACAACCAGCACCUGAAGAAAACCAUUUUUGAUCUCUCUUCUGUGGGUUUCCAGGGAAGUGACAGACUUGAGUUAACAAAACAAGAAGAGCUUGUGGCUAGCAAGGAGGAUGAGGACACACUCAAAUUUGAAGCGGACGUUGAGACUCCUUUCCAGAGUGACCAGCAUUUGGAGCAAAGUCGUGAGAUCAUGGAGGACUAUGCUGAGGGUGGCUGCAAAAGUGGAUAUGGAAGGCACAUGGAUUCCAAUAUUUUAGGUCAUGAUGGGGCCCAAACUCCUGGUGCCUCUGAAGAGCACACCCUAGAAGAUGAGCUCCUGGGCCUGCUUGCCACUCUCUUCAGUAAGAAGGCCACACCGUUGCUGGAAUCCAGGCCAGAUCUUCUGAAAGCACUCGGUGCCCUACUUUUGGAACGCAUAUGCUUGGCAGAGCAGGGUCGUCCUGGAGAUCACCUUGAUAGUAAAACUGAGAAGGCACUUCAGCAAGUAGCUGUUCAGUUGAGAGAUGAACUUGGCCAUUCCUUCCCUGCCAACUCGUUCUCCAAGUCAUACAAUGAAGUCAAGUCAAUGUGGGGAAAUUGGCUGGUAAAGACAGGAGACGAAGACACGGUGGAGCUGAAGAGUGUUUCAGUGCAGACCAUGGCCAUAGAGGACACCCCGCAUGGAUUCAAACCUCAAAGCAAGAGAGAUGCUUGGGCAGAGAAACAAGAAGAGGCCAUUUUCAGCACUGAGCUUGAGUCAGAGGCGUUGGGUGAGAUGCCAGGGCAACAGGCCACUCACCUCUCAUUCCCCAGUGCCAUCAACCCGGAUGCCGAGAAGACGGGCUUGUUGAUCCAAUUAAAGACACCUGAGUUAUUGGAAAAUUUAUAUAAUCUUCCUGCUUCGCCAGAGGUGGUGGUGGCUCAACUCCAAGGCCAGGUUCUAGAGCUGCAGAGGGAGCUGAAAGAAUUCAAAACCCGCAACAAGCAACUCCAUGAGAAGCUAAUUCUGGCAGAGGCAAUGAUGGAGGGGCUGCCGGUGCCCAACUCUGCGCUGGUGAAUGUGCCUGCAGCCCAGGCUGUUGUGAGAACAGCCUUCCAGGACAACCCAGGCGAGCAAGAAGGACCUGAAACCACACAGUCUGCUGGGAGAGACAAGGACAUGGACAGUGACCAAUAUACAAGCUUUGAGAUCGAUUCUGAAAUCUGUCCACCUGAUGACCUUGCCUUAUUACCAGCAUGCAAAGAGAAUCUUGAAGACCUCCUAGGCCCAUCCUCCAUAGCCACUUACCUGGAUUCCAAGAGUCAGCUCUCUGUUAAAGUCAGCGUGAAUGGAACUGACCAGUCUGAGAAUAUCAAUAUCCCUGAUGACACAGAAGACUUAAAACAGAAAAUCCACGACUUGCAAACCGAGCUGGAAGGCUACCGGAACAUCAUUGUCCAGCUACUGAAGCACUCUCAGUGCAGUGAGGCUAUUAUCACAGUUUUGUGUGGGACAGAAGGGGCCCAAGAUGGCUUGAACAAGCCUAAGGGCCAUAUUGAUGAGGAAGAGAUGACAUUUUCAAGUUUGCACCAAGUACGAUAUGUGAAGCAUAUGAAAAUCCUCCGUCCACUAACCCCGGAGAUGAUUGAUGGCAAGAUGCUAGAGAGCCUCAAGCAGCAGCUGGUGGACCAGGAGCAGGAGCUACAGAAGGAGCAGGACUUGAACUUGGAACUUUUCGGUGAAAUCCAUGACCUGCAGAACAAGUUCCAAGACCUCUCGCCAUCAAGAUACGAUUCAUUGGUUCAGUCCCAAGCGAGGGAGCUCUCCCUUCAGCGACAGCAAAUUAAGGAUAGCCAUGGCAUCUGUGUCAUUUACCGUCAACACAUGAGCACCAUGAUCAAGGCGUUUGAGGAGCUUCUGCAGGCCAGUGAUGUGGACAGUUGCGUGGCCGAGGGCUUCCGGGAGCAGCUGACACAGUGUGCUGGACUGCUAGAGCAACUGGAGAGGCUGUUUCUCCAUGGAAAAUCAGCCAGAGUGGAACCACAUCCCCAGAAUGAACUGCUCAAGGGGUUAAGGACUGUGGAAGGCAACUUACCCUACCACCAUCUCCUGCCUGAAUCUCCUGAGCCUUCUGCCUCCCAUGCUCUGUCAGAUGAUGAAAUGUCUGAGAAGUCCUUCCUGUCUAGAGACCCGAAGCCAGACAGCGAUACUGAGAAGUACCCAGCAAUGGCGAGCCAUUUUCCUCAAGACUUACUAAUGGAACACAUACAGGAAAUUCGAACUUUGAGAAAGCAUUUGGAAGAAUCUAUUAAAACAAAUGAGAAGCUCCGGAAACAGCUGGAACGGCAGGGGUCUGAGACUGACCAAGGCUCCAGAAAUGUUUCUGCUUGUGGCUUAGCACUGCACAGCUCUCUGACGUCAGAGAUACAUUUCCUGAGGAAGCAGAACGAGGCCCUCAGUAUGAUGCUCGAGAAGGGGUCCAAAGAUAAACAGAAAGAGAGUGAAAAAUUACGUGAGUCCCUGGCUAGGAAAGCUGAGAGUCUUGAGCAACUUCAGCUAGAGUACACCAGUGUAAGGGAAGAAAAUGAAAGGUUACAGAGAGACAUCAUUGAGAAGGAGAGACACAACCAGGAGCUGACUGAGGAGGUCUGCAGCAGCCGCCAGGAACUGAGCAGGGUGCAGGAAGAGGCGAAGUCAAGACAGCAGCUGCUCUCACAGAAGGACAAGCUGCUUCAGUCCCUCCAAAUGGAGCUCAAGGUGUAUGAGAAACUGGCCGAGGAACAUCCGAGGCUACAGCAAGAUGGCAGCAAAUGUCCUGAGGCCAGCGACAAUUCAUUUGAUCUAUUUGAAUCCACCCAGGCAAUGGCACCUAAAUCAGCUUCUGAGACUCCUCUGCUCUCAGGAACUGAUGUUGACUCGCUCUCCUGUGACAGUACCAGUUCUGCCACCAGCCCUACUAGCAUGCCCUGCCUGGUUGCUGGCCACCACAUGUGGGCCAGCAAGAGUGGCCACCAUAUGCUGGGCCUGAUUGAGGACUAUGAUGCCCUCUAUAAGCAGAUCAGCUGGGGCCAGACACUGCUUGCCAAGAUGGAUGUUCAAACCCAAGAGGCUCUGAGCCCCACAAGUCACAAGCUGGGACCAAAGGGUUCUUCAUCCGUGCCUCUGAGCAAGUUUCUUUCCAGUAUGAACACAGCCAAGCUGGUCCUGGAAAAAGCAUCCAGGUUGCUGAAGCUCUUCUGGAGGGUCUCAGUCCCCACCAACGGCCAGUGUUCCCUUCACUGUGAGCAGAUUGGAGAAAUGAAGGCAGAGAACACGAAACUACACAAAAAAUUGUUUGAACAAGAAAAGAAGCUGCAGAACACAGCAAAACUAUUGCAGCAGAGCAAGCACCAGGAGAAAGUCAUCUUUGAUCAGUUGGUCAUCACCCACCAAGUCCUUCGGAAGGCCAGGGGAAACCUGGAGCUCAGGCCUGGGGCCACCCGUCCAGGAGCAUCCAGUCCCAGCAGACCGGGCUCAUGAGGAGACCUUUCAGCUAAUAAAGCUUGUGGCCCUGAGAUCAGCUGCCUCUGUCCUCACUGUGGCUCCUGGUGGUGAGGGAAGCAAAGGCUGCUGGCCAGAGGAAGUGCGCGGUGAUUUUUGUCUGAAAAUGGGCUUGAGGCUAUUGUCUCAAAGGAUCCAUUGCUCUGCAGUCAGGCACCAGAAAGACCUUGGCGCUGGAUUGUGAUUAACCUGGAGCACCUUGCACACUGGUGGGCUUCACAUUCACCCUCAGGUCUGAGAGCUCAGGUUUUAGCCAGCACUGCAGUUAGAAGUACUUAAGUGAGUCAUUCCAUUUCAAAUGUGUGAUUCACAUAUUCUGGGUGGACCUCAAAGCCCAGGUCCCUUGCAAGACACAGGACUGUCUGGGGACCCACAUGGACCUCAGAUCUCACAUACCUCUAAGCCCACUCCAGGAUCCAGGGAGAAAUGAGUCCAUGUGGGAUUGCGUUGGCACUGUGCCUCCCCAGGCAGGCACUCAGCUCCUGACAUCCUGUCCUAGAACCAUCUUCUACAGGGAAGUGGUUUCAGAUACAACAAACAGCCCAGAGCUGGUUCUCGGCUUUUGCCUGUCUCCUGUCUGCUCAACUGUGUUGGUGCCUGGUGCAUUGGCUUGCUGCAACCCUGCCACUGACUUCGUAUUUAACUGUUCUUAGCCUUGUCCUGCAUGCAUGGGUUUCUGAGCACUAAACAAAGCUGGCCUGGCCCUGGUUAUAGCUCUUUUCUUUCCUGCUGGAGUCCAUCACGCUGACAUGUUGUUUCUUAUCAUCUGUCCUUCCAUUUUGCCUGCUACUUCAUCUCUUCUCAGAGCCCUUUUUCUGCUCUGGUCCAUCGGCCUUUCCCCUUCUCUAGGCUCCUUUCGAGUCUUUGGUUCUUUUCCUCGAGUCUUCUCCCUCCUUCCCCUAAAGCAGCCAAGGUGCAGAGGCCAGUCAUGCAUGUGAUCAGGCCUGCCCAUGUUAGCAGCUUCCUGCUGUUCUCUGGUUCCAGGCAGGGCCCCUGGCAGGGAUCACACAGCUGCUACCACUCUUCCCUCUUCUCUUGCCUCCUUGUUUCCAGCUGACUGUGUCAGCCUAAGAUGCCCCUUCUGUUCUUAGCCUUUUUCUGCCUUUCCUUUCCUAGCCAGCACUGAGUGGUCCUUAGGAAAUCUCUUCCCAUGCUGAAGUCCUCAGAGUCCUGAUGCUGGACACUGACUUUCUCUGUGCCCACCUCCCAGCCCCCGAUCAGACACUUCCUGUUUGCUAAUCCUCGGUGAGCUAUUAGAGAGCAACUGUGUCCAUACUGAAUGGACACACACACACACAGAAUUGCUGGCUGUGCUGGCAAUUAAAAUUACCCAUUUCUAUAACCAGACUGGCUUCUUCCAUACUCUGGGCUGGCUUUCCUUGCUGCCCCAUGGCUACCCAACAAGGCAGCUGUCAGGGCCCUCAGCUGCUUGGCCAGAGAGCUGAAGCCCAGGUGCCUGCUCUCUGCCUCUGUCUGCUCAGUCAGGGCAGCCUCUUCCUUAGUGGGCUGCUGUCAUCUGUACUCUUUCUGUACAGUUGCAUCAUUUUCUGAUGUGUCAAUGUGUGCAAAGCAGGUUUAGGUACUGCUUCGAGUGAGGUUCUUUUCUCCACAAGUUCCUUUCCCUGAGAAGCUUGUCUGCUGAGGAGGGCAGCAGAUCUGUCUUCUAGUCUCUAGCCACAUGCUUCUGUCCUCAGUUUGCAUAACCUGUUCAGUGGGAGUUAUCUUUCCCCCUAACCCUGAUGUCUUAAGCUGUAAAAAUUGAAGUUAGCUGAACUGUAAGGCUCUUGUCCUAAAUCAACAUCUUUUCUUCAGUAUCUCUCGGUGGCUAUUCUUGCCAGUUUUAGAAGUGCCCUCUGGAGUGCCUGCUAUCAGAUGUUCACAAGUGUGUGGGGGGGGGGGGUGAGGGCGGGGGAUUUUGUGUGUGUGUGUGUGUGUGUGUGUGUGUGUGUGUGUGUGUGUGUGUACGCGCACACAGUACUUUGUACAGGAUCAGGAGGAGUACCCAGACCUGGCUGGAAGAUAAACCUGGAUUCAGGUGUACCUGUGGUAUACAGUGUUACCUUACCUGGCACAUGCGUAGUACAUUGCUCAUUGGCAUGGGUGGGAGGGGUUUUGGAACCUCUGGUCACUAAACCUGGGGAGCCUGGGAGUAGGCCCUGCAGGGCUGAACCUCUGGGAGUUCAGGUUACCUCACUUCAGGUCUCCUACAAGCUUUCAGCAACACAGUCAUCCAAAGCAACUGUGAUGUUAUUCUCUACCCUAAAAUACUCCCAGACUUGGGCUAGGGGAGGCCCUCCCUCGUCUGGGAGGUGUGGGAGCAUUCUGGUUUGUUUUGACUGGAUGCAGGCCAAGAACAAACUGCAAAUAAGGACAGUUUGGACCUUGGAAAAUGCUCCAUUGUCCCUGGUGAGUUAAUUUUACCAGCAGCUGAAUUCAGGAGGCUCUGAAGCAGUAAUCAGGGGGAAAAAAAGCAUCAAUUUCCCGUUGGUGAAAUUUAAUCGCCACGUGUUCCUGAGCAGCUGCACCUGAGAGACCCAGCUGCAAGGCUACAUAUAGAGAGACCGGAGGGAUGGGCUGUGUCUCCUUCCCUGUCUGCCUUGGGAGUGGCCUUCAGUGUUUAUCCCACUAGGAAGUCCAAUGUACAGUAGCUCUCUGCAGAACUUCCUUUAUUUGAACCCCUGCACAUUUCACCACAGAGGAAACUGAAUCUUCAGAGCCUGCUAGAUCGUUCUCCCAAGAAUGUUGUCUGUUAAAUACAUAGAUAGAUGGAUGGAUGGAUAGAUAGAUAGAUAGAUAGAUGUAGCCAUUCCUCUGUAUUAUGAUCCUUUCUUCCUAACAGUUUCUGGCACAAUGUCCUGGAUAGCCAAGGCAGGGGCUCAGAGACCCACAAUUGAAUUCCUUGACACAGCAGCCCCAAGAACUGCUUGUAAAUGACCCAUGAAAGGAGAAAGAGUGAUCUUGUUAAUAAGGUCUCAGUAUUGUGGAGGCCAAGAAGCCCGCCUUCGGGAACCUGGCCCUGCCAGAUUGCCUCUUCAAUCUUGGCUGUAUUUUAAGUCGAAGUAAAAAAUUCAAUUAUCACAGUGACUCAUCCUGUCUCUUGAGAAACCCAGGCUCAGCCUCAGCAGCAGCAAGGCAGCUCCCCUCUCACCACAAACAGGUCGUCCACUCUACCUGUGCUGUCAGGUGCCAGGUAGGUGACUGUGGACAAACCUUGGGACCCAGGAUCUUGCUGAGACCUCAGGGCUCUUGGUUGGAGCAAGCCUGUUUUCUCAUCAGCAGAUGUAAUGGGCACUAUGCAGCCAGACUGGCCAGACCCUGGGGUAUCUCUUCAACCACAGUCCCUUCUUCAACAGAGUAGCAUAAGCUAGUGACCCUGAUACCUCUGGACUUAACAGAGGACCAAGGAGAUGAAAUGUGGCUGGAACUCCAAACAUGAGCCUGGAUAUGAACAGCUUUGAGAUCUGUGUAUUAUUGGGGAAAUCACUUGUGAUAUGUUUGUAGGAUGAAGGGGAUAGUCUAGGGAGAAGAUGGCUUUUAGAAGCUAGGCAUGUGGCUUGUACCUCUAAUUACAAUAUCACUAGAGAGACAAAGGAAGGUUCCUGGGGCCUGUUUAACUUAAAGACCUCAAACCUAUGAGAGACCCUUUCAACAAACAAGGUGGUUGGUAAGUAAGAAAUGAUACCCAAGAUUGUCUAUGACCUCCCUGUAUGUACAUCCAUCCAAACAUUCACAUAAACCUGGAGAUGAGUCCUAUCAGCGGGCAGGUGACAGCCCUGGAACAUCCGCAAGAGGCCAGCUCUAUACCCAGGAGGACCCGACCUUUCUGAUCCUGGUAGCUGCAAGGCAGAUGCUAGCAGGAUGAGAGAGAGCCUAUGAAGCAGGGGGUUUCGACCUGAAGGUGAUUUCCAAGGCUUGCCUGGCACCUUCUGUAAAUGCCACCUCUGGGCUGUGGCCUAGGGGAGCCAAGAAGCUGUUUGGGAAGGGCUGUUUUUGCUCUCCGAAUCUGAAUUGCCCUCAGGUAAUGAUCCAAAUACCCCUGUCUCUCUUCAGCCUUCCUUGCCCAGGUUUCUUUUUGUGGUGGGUGUUUCCUGGCUUUUUCUCCUCUCACCAGCCUUGGAUCUGCUUUCACCCUUGACCUCUUUCUAUGCUUCACUCUCUUUCUCCUCUCCAUUCCUGCCCAUCCUUACAGCAGACCAUUACAGCAUGCAGCUGGUUGUAGAAGAAAGUAACAGUCUUCCUCUGGGCAGCGUAUCUCCAGCUUAUACCUGGUUUCUGCAGAGUCAGGGUGAGCUCCACUACUCACCAGUGAGGCUUCCAAUCCAGGCAUCAUUCUCUCGAUACUUAGCCCUCCAGGGUGACAACUUCAUCUCCCAUCCAUGUGGUACCAGUCUUACCAUUCUCUUCAUAAGCUCUGGAUUCACCUGCAACUCACAGCUGUGUAUAUGUCACUCCUAGUUUAAAAUGGUCAUCCCCCAGGUGUCCAGCCCAUCUACCACAGACAACAAAAGGCUCCCCCAAGCAUCACCUCUAGGCAUCUGUUUCAAUCACAGUUUUCCCCUAGAAAAUGCAUCAGAAUUAAGUUACAACUAUAGGCAGCUAAGUUAAUUGAGACCCAAGAAUGGAUCUAAAUAGGUAACGGGCAAAGUGGGUUAUAUAUCAGUUUACUGCAUUUACAUGCAUACUUCUCAUCCAUUGAACAUCUGGGCCAGAAACUACAUCUUAUGUUAUCAUAAUUAAUGUGAUUGAGCACAAGUAUGAACUUUAAUUUUUAUGUGUAAGAGUGUUUUGCCUGCAUGGCAUAACAUAUGCAUCAUAUGUAUGCAGUUCCUGUAGAGACCAGAAGAUGGUAUCGGAACCCGUAGGACUAGUUACAAAUGGUUGUGGUCCUCUGUGUGGGUGCUCUUAACCCCUGGGCCAUCUCUUCAGCCCUGAUAUUAUGACCUUUUAAUAGAGGAAGAGGAAGUCACAGCCUCUUCGGUAUUAUAAACUGGUGCUUGUGGCAGGCAGAACACUGGCCCCUUAAGAUGCCCAUACCUGCCACCUUCCAUUUCUCUGGAAUUGGAAAUGUGCUUCUUUAUUUGCAAACAGACAUGCACAGAGGUUCUCCACAUUUCAGACCUUGUCUUGGAGAGGUUUCUUUUUACCCAGGUGGGCCCAGUCUAACCAGAGUCCUUAGAAGAACCGAUUUUCCUUGAUCAAAGAGAGCAGUGACAUUUUCAGGAUGAGGGGCAGGGUCGUGGUGGAGGGCAGGGCCAGGAGCCCAGGAAUGCAGGUUACCUUGAGAAACUGGGAAGAGCUGCAAGCCAAUCCUCCCCUGUAGUCAAUGCUUUUUUGUCCGUGUUACAAAGUAAGAGGGAAAUUUAAGGAAAAGCUGCAUAGUUCAUCAGGAGAAGAAGGCAUGGUAGGUGGAAAAGCGGUCUGUAAUGGCAGGAGCUUGUGUUAUCAACUUGUUUACAUGGCACAGACUGGAAGCAGAAGCCUGUAGAACCUUCAAGGCCAGCCUCUAAUGAUCAGUCUGCCAGCUACACCCAUGUGCACAAAAGACUCUUGAAAUAUCUGCAACAGCUGGAGACCAAGCAUUCAAACACUUGAGCCUGUGGGGCACACUGUACAUUAAAACCAUGGCAUCACUGCACUCCAGGAGGGGAGAAAAAAACCCACCUUUGUACUCAGUGAAACCCCUUCCAGUCUUCUGCCUGAAGAUCUGUUAGGACAAUGAGGUCAGGUAUUCAACGAAUCUGUUUGUGAUAAUCUCUGAUGACAGCAAUGGAAAACUAACAUGCCUUAGUGAACAUGAAUGUGACUCCACAGGCCGCGUGUCAUUUUCUUGUAGCAGUGACAGGGCAUAUUGAAUACCUGGCCUGGGAAGUCACGAGCUGCUGUCACUGAGAGGGAGCUACAGAGACUGGAUAGAAGAGAAUAUAAUAGAAUACUGCCUGGGUGGGCAGAUGCUGCCACAGGGCUUUUUGUGAAGAGCCUCCAGAGAUGAGAGCCAGAAGCCAUGUGCCCAGGGCUGAGAGACUGAUUCUCCCACUCCAGCCUCUUCCACCACCUUCAGCAUCCUCCCCUCAGGCAGGUUGUUAUGUAUGGUUAUGGGACUCCAUUACUUCAGAAUGUGUCUAUGUAAUUUGUUGAAGGAAUUAUUGAAAUGUAUAAUUAAAGUGUGCAUUGCAAUAUAAAAC